AUGCUCUCCCCUGUCCGUCUACUCCCUCUUAUUGGGAGUCUUCUAUCUUUAGUCUCCGGGUUGCCUACCACCAACCCAUCGUCUGUAGUUCUCCCUCCCAGUGCAGAUCCCUUCUACAGCGCCCCAAAUGGCUACGAGAGCACCCGUCCCGGCGCCAUCCUGCGCCUACGACCCGUUCCAGGCAAUCUGACAGCGCUGGUCGGUAAUGCUUCAGCAGCAUACAAUAUCGUCUACCGCACCACGGACAGCCAAUAUCGCCCUUCGUGGGCCGUGACUACUGUCUUCGUUCCCUCCAACCCUCGUCCCGGCAACACUUCCGUACUCUCAUAUCAAAUCGCAUAUGACUCGCACAGCAUCGAUGCCAGCCCCAGCUAUGCCAUGUACAGCUCGCCUCCGAUCGAUGUCACCCUCGCGCUGAGCCAGGGCUGGUACGUCAAUGUCCCGGACUACGAAGGCCCUCUCGCCUCCUUCACGGCGGGUGUCCAAUCGGGCCACGCCACACUAGACUCCAUCCGCAGUAUCCUCAACUCCAACACCACCGCCUUCAACAUUAAAACUUCAUCCUCCCGCACAGCUCUAUGGGGAUACUCCGGCGGCGCCCUCGCCAGCGAAUGGGCCACCGAAUUACAGGUGCAAUACGCACCCGAACUCUCUCUCGCCGGAGCUGCACUCGGCGGUCUCACACCCAACAUCACGAAUGUAAUGAACACCGUCACUGGGAACCUCAACGCAGGACUCAUCCCAGAAGCAGUCCUCGGUCUAGCCAGUCAAUACCCAGCUACCUACAAAUACCUAGUAGAUCAAUUAAACCCGGAGGGAAAGUAUAACCGCACGACCUUCCUCCUAUCACAAAACAUGACAAUCGCCCAGGCGGAGGCUUUCUUCGCAGGACAGAACAUAUAUAAUUACUUCAUCAACGGCAGUGAUACCUUUAAGGCUCCUGUGGUGCAGUAUGCGCUGAAUCGGGACGGGUAUAUGGGAUACCAUGGCGUGCCGCAGAUCCCUAUCUAUGCGUACAAGGCGAUCCAUGAUGAGGUCAGUCCUGUCGGCGAUACGGAUGCGCUGUUGGAAAGGUACUGCGGUGUCGGCGUGAAUAUCUUGUAUGAGCGGAAUUCUAUCGGCGGACAUUCUGCGGAGGGCACAAAUGGCCAUGCUAGGGCGCUGCAGUUCGUUUCCUCUGUCUUGGAUGGGUCGUAUGCUAGUGUGUAUCAGACCCAGGGGUGCACGUUCAGGGAUGUUGCGGUGAAUAUCACUGAUUCGGCGCUGUGA